UCUCACAAGAACAUACUAGAUAACGAUAAUAAGUAAUUGCUGUGCUUUAGUGCUUCUAAGCAGCUCAAGAACAAAAAUGUUGCUACUGAACGUGAAAGUUCUUUUAGGAUUAUUCGUACUUUACUGGUUCUUAAUUGAACCUAGCGACGCACGACGUGGACGAACUAGGAGCAGGACCAAAUCUAAGGUGCAAAUCGGAUUGCCUAUAACUGGAAAAUACAGAGAUCCAGAAUCGGAUCAGUAUUAUAACAAUAAUGACGGAGCUAAAAUUCUUUUGGCCUCUCACUUUGAUUUUGAGUACGUGUUGGGACACAAAAUCGCCUUUCUCUGCAUCGCAAAAGGGAGCCCGAGACCGCAUAUAACUUGGUUCAAAGAUGGAGUGGAGAUAUUUGCUCACCAUUAUUUGCACAUCCAUGAGUGGCCUAUCGGCGAUGACCGCGUCAAAUCCAAAAUUGAAAUAGACCCGGCCACACAGAUGGACGCCGGUGUGUACGAGUGCACUGCGGAUAACAUGUACUCCAUCGACAGACGCUCAUUCAAGACCGAUUUCUCUAUCGCGUUCGACUGAAUCCCAUACAUUAAUAUUCAAGUAUAUUAAAUUUAACAGCAAACGCAGUCGAAGAUAGCAGACCUUUACACACUGUCAAAGCUCUUCUACGCAAUUCAAUCGUGUGAGGCCUUGACGACAUGAAAAGAUAGUAGUUAAAAGUUGUCCAAGACGCUCAAUUGCAAUUUAUAAGUGGAAAUAUUAACACAAUUUCGUUAUAACUAGAUUAUAUUGUUUGCAUUACUGUUUUGC